GGCCUAGCCCAACAAUGAAUUUAACAAAACCCUAAUUGAUACUUCUCCCAUAUAAACACGAAAAACAGCUAAUCAGUGUGCUCGCUGAAGAAGAAGCUCUACGCCGUCGAACCGAAGCAGGCAUCGUCCUAGAACCCUAGAGCUUCAACAAUGUCGUCGAGGAGAAAGGUUAGAGAGCCAAAGGAAGAAACUGUGACUCUUGGUCCUGCUGUUAAGGACGGUGAACAUGUUUUUGGUGUUGCUCGUAUCUUUGCUUCAUUCAACGACACCUUCAUUCAUGUCACUGACUUGUCUGGAAGGGAAACCCUUGUCCGCAUUACUGGUGGAAUGAAGGUUAAAGCUGACAGAGAUGAGUCUUCUCCAUAUGCUGCUAUGCUUGCAGCACAAGAUGUUGCUACCAGAUGCAAGGAACUGGGCAUUACUGCUCUUCAUAUCAAGCUCCGUGCAACUGGUGGGAACAAGACAAAAACACCAGGACCUGGUGCUCAGGCUGCUCUCCGUGCCUUGGCUCGUUCAGGAAUGAAAAUCGGACGCAUAGAGGAUGUGACCCCAAUUCCAUCCGACAGCACUCGUAGAAAGAGUGGUAGAAGGGGUAGAAGGCUCUGAGUUUGGCUAUUUGCAUUAUGGAUGGAGCUUCUUUUGCUUUUAUUUUUGUUGCCUUGUUUUGUUUCUUUUCAGACUGUAUCGUGGCUUAUUCAUAUUUAUCUUAAGAUGUGUUUUGCAACAUAAAUUGUAUUUCUUGAGUUAGCUGUGGCAACAAAUUUUACCUGAGUUUAUUAAUAUGUAGUUAGAGUUCGGUGAAAGUUUUCCCUGCAUUUUGUGAUUUAUUACAUUUCUUCCGUAUCCGAUAAAAUUUUAGCAAGUUUCAUUU